UGUGUCAGCUGAUGGAGCAGGGAGGUUUUUACAGUUUGGAUCAACCAGGAGAGUUCAUCACUGUGGUGGAUGUCCAGGUAAUAACCUCGAGGCGGCUUGUUGUCUGUGGUUCCCUCCAGCUUCUCCUCUAAGUUCUGUUUCAUUUUAGCACUUGUUUCUGCUGCAUGUCAGUUAAAGUGCGCUGUCCCACAACAUCAUCGAAGGCUCAUUCCCCCCGUGGUAAAACCCUAAUACCUAACUUAGAGCUUUGUCUGUUACUUUUCACUGCAUCCAUGUUGGCAUUGGAUUUGGCUCAGGGCUCAUGACCAAAGCCGUGACUGCACAUGAGGGGGCGGUGGUGACCCUGUCUGAUUAGUGGAGGUCUCUGCUGGUGGAUCAGAGUACCUGGCCACUGAGCUCCUUCCUCAGUGGUGAUAGAUGAUUAUUGUGCUGUGGCCACUUUGUUGGACAGCCUCAGUAUUACUGUGUAGACCUGGCCUUCACUGUUUGUCAUAUUUAGUUUUAAAAAUGGAUGAUGAUAGUGGUGUUUAAGUAUCUAUAGUGAUCUAUCAGUCACAUCACUGAUCAAUGAGAGAAGCAGACCAGUCUGCCAAGGACAGCGUGUUGUACUAUAGCUGUACACACAGUCUGUGUUAACGUGUCCUGGUUACUGUGAUAGUUGUCUGCUCACCAUGCGCUUUCCUGAGUCAUGUCACACCUGGGCGACAACAGAGCACAUAAAGAGAGUGUAACAACUUUGACAGCUGGUGGCAGCCAUGAUCCACCCUGGUGGCGGCCGGAAUGACACCCCCUAGCGCCUGAAGAGACAGUUCUCCAUCUUCAACUGCACCGUGCCCUCCAACAGCUCUAUUGACAAGAGCUUUGGCACCAUGGCUCAGGGGUAUUUCUGCCCAAAGAGAGGCUUCCCCGCUGCCGUCUGUGGCAGGCUGUGAAGGCAAAGGUGAAAUACUGCUGCUAAUUACCUUCGGUUCUGUUUGUCUGCAUUACAUGCUUCGUCCUGUGCUCAUCUUUUAAUCCUAAGAAGCACUUUGUUCUUACGUUUUGUAUUUUUAGUUAAAAACUCUUCUUCUUCUCUCCUGCUUUUAUAAAUGGGAGGAAAAAGAACUAGUUGUCCAUAGCUCAGUGAUCUCUUUUGAAUUUUUUUUUUUUUAAAUCUGGGUUGAUUGGAGGUGAUAGAUUAUUGAUAAUAUAGAUUUUGUUCAUGGAAUGAACUGUAACCAUGUGUCCUGUAUAUAAGAGUUAUAACAAACUUACAAGGUCAUCAGGUCAUCAGGUUUGUCAUGGUGCGUGUUGUGCUUCAGGGGAUCCUGAUGGUGAAAUCUGAGGUGUGUCGGAGCUCCGAGCUCCUUUCCGCUCUCUUCCAUCAUGAAUGCAGCAGAGUCAUCGCCGACAGAUUCAUUGACAGCAGCGACAGACAAACUUUCAGCUGCAUCAUGGAGAAGAUCACAGCGGAGGAUCAUCGGAGAUCUCUAACUGAGCAUGCUCAGUGGGACAGCUGCUUUGUGGACUUCUUGCGUGACGCUCCAGAGGCGAAGGGUGAUGAACCUGAAGACACCGAGCUGGAGGCUCCAAAGGUCUAUGAGCCGAUCCCGUUGCUGAAUGCUCUGGCAGAGCAGCUGUCUGUUUUCCAGCAGCAGUACAACGAGGCAGUGAGGGGCGGAGCCAUGGACCUCGUCUUCUUCAAGGAUGCCAUGACCAACCUGAUGCGGGUCUCACGGAUCCUGCAGACUCCACAGGGGAACGCCCUGCUGGUCGGGGUCGGGGGGUCAGGAAAGCAGAGCCUGACGAGGCUUGCGUCCUUCAUCAUAGGAUACCAAACUUUCCAAAUCACACUGACCAGGUCGGGAGCAUGGUACAUGCCCUGUCCAGACGCCAGUUAUUUUACUGAGCACUAAGCAGUUUAGUCCACAAAAUAAGAAAUACACACACACAGUGUACACAAACAUCACAAGCAGAGCCGCAGAAUGUUGGAGCCAGUUGAUCCACUGCCUUCCACAGGAGGGCCCUGUAUCCAGUGUAGCUGGUGCUGUGUCUCUGACCACGCCAAGACAUGAAAUAUGUUUGAAACUGAAACAAAACUGAAAAUAAGCAGAGAGAGCGAUGGGCCAAAGGUUUGUGAGUCGGGGCAGGUUGCACAUGUAUAGUCUGUACACGUGGAACAUAGUUUGUCUGUCUGUCACAUCUUGUAUGUAGCAACAAGGAAAUUACUGGUCCAAAUGAGAAAAAUGUGUCCCAGCUUGU